UGCUCGUUUACACAAACCGGUCACAUUCGCUGUGAGUGUAGCGGGCGAAUGAACAAGUCUGCGGGAGAGCGAGGCAGGCGACUUAAACCUACGAAGUAGGCAUCGUUCUUUAUUGGCUUUAACCUGUCUUGUGUGGUUGUGUCUUUUGAUGGUUACAACRUCAAGGGAUUAUUAUCGAACGACACGUUUCCCUGAAAUGAAACCAGUCGAUCAUGCCCCCUAGAUAGCAGCCUCACCACCCCUUUACUCCCCCCCUUACCCCUCUCGUCCCCUACUCUCCGGUGGUCCACGAUGCCCCCGCGGAAGCGGACSCGCCCCGCCCUGGGGUUCCUGUGCUGCUUUGGCAGCAGCGAGCCCCCGGAGAUCAACCUGAAGGACAGCGUGCCCCUGCAGUUGCUGGAGUUCAGUGCCCCCAUGCCCCCGGCCGAGGAACUGCACGCACGUUUCUCUGAACUGGUGGAUGAAUUGGACCUGACAGACAAGAACAGGGAGGCAAUGUUUGCUCUACCUGCCGAGAAGAAAUGGCAGAUCUACUGCAGCAAGAAGAAGGAGCAAGAGGACCCCAACAAGCUGGCCACAAGCUGGCCCGACUACUACAUCGACCGCAUCAACUCCAUGGCUGCUAUGCAGACCCUCUUCGCCUUUGACGAGGAGGAGAUGGAGAUGAGGAACAAAGUGGUGGAGGACCUGAAAACAGCGCUUCGGACUCAGCCAAUGAGGUUUGUGACGCGCUUCAUUGAGCUCGACGGCCUCACCUGCCUGCUCAAUUUCCUGCGGAGCAUGGACUACGAGACGUCGGAGAGCCGCGUGCACACCUCGGUCAUCGGCUGCAUAAAGGCUCUGAUGAACAACUCACAGGGUCGAGCCCACGUGCUGGCCCACCCGCAGAGCAUCAAUACCAUCUCCCAGAGCUUGCGGCAGGACAACGUCAAGACCAAAGUGGCCGUGCUGGAGAUCCUGGGCGCAGUGUGCCUGGUGCCCGAUGGCCACAAGAAGGUGCUGCAGGCGAUGGCCCACUACCAGAAGUAUGCUGCCGAGAGGACCCGCUUCCAGACGUUACUGAAUGAGCUAGACAGAAGUACGGGGCGCUACAGAGACGAGGUCAACCUGAAGACAGCCAUCAUGUCCUUUAUCAACGCUGUGCUCAAUGCCGGAGCUGGGGAGGACAACCUGGAGUUCCGCCUCCACCUUAGGUACGAGUUCCUGAUGUUGGGGAUCCAGCCCGUGAUUGACAAGCUCAGAGGGCACGAUAAUGCCAUUCUGGACAGGCAUUUGGACUUCUUUGAGAUGGUGAGGAAUGAGGAUGACUUGGAACUUGCCAAGCGUUUUGACCUGACCCACGUGGACACUAAGAGCGCUGGCCAGAUGUUUGAGUUGAUCAAGAAGAAGUUGAACCACACAGACGCCUAUCCUUACCUGCUCUCUAUCCUCCAGCACUGCCUCCAGAUGCCCUACAAACGCGGAGGGGGCAGUCUGCAGCAUUGGCAGCUCCUAGACCGGAUCCUGCAGCAGAUAGUCCUACAAGAUGAGAAGGGAGAGGACCCGGACAUAGCGCCCCUAGACAACUUCAGUGUCAAAAAUAUCAUUCGCAUGUUGGUCAAUGAAAAUGAGGUUAAGCAAUGGAGAGACCAAGCAGAGAAGUUCAGGAAAGACCACGCAGAGCUUAUGGCCAAGCUGGAGCGGAAAGAGAGGGAAUGUGAUACCAAGACGCAGGAGAAGGAGGACAUGAUGAAGACCCUCAACAAGAUGAAGGACAAACUACAGAGAGAGGGAGUAGAGUUGCGGUCAGCGCGGGACCAAGUGCUCGACCUGCACUCGCGCAUCAGUGACAUAGCAGGUGACAGCGUACCUUUCCCUCCUCCGCCCCCUGGUGGCCCCGUCCCCCCUCCCCCCAUGACCGGAGGCUUCCCUCCGCCACCUCCCCCUUUGCCAUUCAGCUGCCCUCCUCCUCCCCCUCCUCCACCUGGAGGCCCUCCUCCUCCUCCUGGAGCUCCACCCAUCUUCUCUGGAAUCCCACCUCCUCUGGGCCCACCUGGAUUUGGUACCACUGCAACCAUGCGCUCCAAGUCUAUCCCGCAGCCCUCGCACCCGCUCAAAUCCUUCAACUGGGCCAAGCUGGGAGAGAACAAGAUCACUGGCACCAUCUGGCACGACGUCGAUGACCUGAGGGCRUUCAAGAUCCUCGACCUCAAGGACAUCGAAAAGAUGUUCUCGGCCUAUCAGAGACAGCAAGAGCUGCUCACUAACCAAUCCUUCAAGCAGAAAGAAACAGGCUCGAUGGAUGACCUGUACCUGAGCACUCGCAAGGUGAAGGAGCUGUCGGUAAUCGACGGUCGCCGCGCUCAGAACUGCGUCAUCCUGCUCUCUAAGUUAAAAAUGAGCAACGAGGAGAUCAAGAGGGCCAUUCUAGAGAUGGACGAGCGGGAAGAGCUAGCCAAGGACAUGCUGGAGCAGCUGCUGAAGUUUGUCCCUGAAAAGAGUGACAUUGACCUCCUGGAAGAGCACAAACACGAGCUGGAGCGCAUGGCCCGUGCUGACCGCUUCCUCUUCGAGAUGAGCAGAAUCGACCACUACCAGCAGAGACUUCAGGCCCUGUACUUCAAGAAGAAAUUUGCAGAGCGCCUGGCGGAAACCAAGCCCAAGGUCGAAGCCAUACUGAGUGCCUCUAAGGAGGUGGUCCGCAGCAAGAGGUUGACUCAGACCCUGGAGGUGGUCCUGGCCUUCGGCAACUUCAUGAACAAAGGUCAGCGGGGCAACGCCUACGGCUUCAAGGUGUCAUCCCUCAACAAGAUCGCAGACACCAAGUCCAGCAUAGACAGGAACAUCACCAUGUUGCACUACCUAAUCAUGAUCUUUGAGAAGAACUACCCUGACAUCCUCCACAUCCAGCAGGACCUGCUCAGCAUACCUGAGGCAGCCAAAGUCAAUCUGGCUGAGCUAGAGAAAGAGGUGCACAACAUCAAGAGUGGACUGAAGGCUAUAGAGACGGAGCUGCAGUACCAGCAGAGCAGGACGACGGACCGAGGGGACAAGUUUGUCCCCGUGGUGGGGGACUUCAUCACAGUGGCCAGCUUCAGCUUCUCUGAGCUAGAAGACCUUCUGAACGAGGCCAAGGACAAGUUCACCAAGUCGCUGAAGCACUUUGGGGAGGAGCAGGAUCGCAUGCAGCCCGAUGAGUUCUUUGGGAUCUUCGACACAUUCCUGGUGUCGUUCGACGAAGCCAGGCAGGACCUGGAGAACAUGCAGCGCCGCAAGCAGGAGGAGGAAAGGAGAGCACGCAUGGAGGCCAUGCUGAAGGAGCAGCGAGAGCGUGAACGGCGGGCCAAGAAGGGUGGCGCCACGGAUGAGGUGGGGGGCGAGUUUGACGACCUGGUGUCGGCGUUGCGCUCCGGCGAGGUCUUCGACAAGGACCUGUCCAAACUCAAGCGCAACCGCAAGCGUUCGGUCAACCAGCUAGUGGAGGGGGGUGGACGCGAAAGACCGGUCACCAAGGUCAACUAUUAAUGACCCCUGGCCCCCAAGAGUCAUAGGUGAAUGGGAAACAACAAACAAUGUUGGCACUGUUUUCCUCACCGGUGAACUCUAGAGGUUAAGGGUCAGAGGGUAAGAUUUUGGGUGUCGGAUUGCCGUUUUGAUAUAGCAGCCACACAACCCAUCGGAAGGAAAGUAGACUUUGAGUUGACGAGAAUUGCUCUUCUUCAAAACUCCACCAAGACACCUGACCCCAUCUUCAGAAGUGGACUACAGACACUUAGACGGACUGACAGACGGACCACUGUGACAUGACUCCCUUUCCACUUUAGACCACCUCUCCAUCCCCUUUUGACCACAUCGCUCCAGAACUGUGCUCCAUGUCUCUCUUUGUCGAUCCCCCUCUUUCUCACCGUGCUCUUCCACUCACACACACACACUCUAAUAAUAAUAAUUUGAUAUCGCAACUUCAUUACAUAAAGGAAUCUCAAAGCGGUGUAAAGCAACAACAAAAACAAACAAUAAAAUAAACAUAAUGAGAAAAUUAA